AAUUCACGUCGGCACGGCGAGGCACUUCUGGCGCCGUGGCAGCACGUCACACUCAAGAACGAGGGGAAAAGGAGAUAGGGAGAAAGAGGAGAGGAGGAGUGGAAGAGCCCAACCACUGAGUAUUGGGGCUGACUAUGCAGGCACUCACGGCAUGUGCGUUCGCCGGGAGCGGCGUGACCCGGGAGGAGAGCGUGGCAUUGGACAAGGUCAAGCCGAGCCUCUUCGAGCGCCUUGGCCAGGACACAAUCGAAGGGAUAUCAGCGUUGUUUUAUGACAGGGUCUUCGACGACGAAGAGUGGUUCAGAUCGAUCUUCUCGGCUUCGACCAAGAGGGAAGCUGUUCAAAACCAGGCGGAUUUCCUCGUCGAACGACUCGGCGGCCCCAAAUUGUACACGAAGAGGAAGGGCAAGCACUACCGGUUGAUCCACAGGCACUCGCCGUAUGACCUGAACCCGAAAUCAGCCGCGCGAUGGCUUGAGCACAUGGAGGCAGCGAUCGAUGCGAGCGGGGGGGUGGACGCAGAAUCGAAGAGACUGCUGAUGGCCUUCUUCUCGCACAUGGCGUUCUUUUUGGUCGCGGGCAAGGAUAUGUCCAACCCCAGUAACCUGGUCGAUUACCAUAACAAAAUGGCCGAAUCUUGCCCGAAGAUCUAGAAGCAAAUACAUGGAUUUUAUGAUUUUGUAUGCAGCCCGUAUUUGGAUGACCCCCCGCCCCCCCUGCACCCGAGCUCUUCUGUUGUAAGAAAAAUCAGAGAGGACCGGAGCAGCGGGGGCAUGUUUACCUAGCAUGGCCGUUUUUGGAAGUGGACGGAAGGGCAAGUUCAAGUAGACGAUCGACUCAUCACGACGUUUUUCCGAACUUGUUGUCGCGCAACCAGCGGCGUCGUUCGAGGAAUUGUGCGUGUGUGUGUGUGUGUGUGUGUGUGCGUGUAUUAAUAGUCAAGUCCUUCUUGCACCGUCGUGCUUCGUUCUUGUAUGUCAAAUGAACAACGGGGUUACGAUAGUCUAAGGCUUCGCUGCCAAUCAGCGUUUUCACCUUCGUACUUUCCUAUCGCGCAUGCUUGGCCGCUCCUAUACACACGAUUCAGUAAUAUUUUCGGACAACUGCCAUUUGUUUUUGGUUUCCCACCGCGCC